AUGAACUUGCUUUUGUGGUCCUCUUCAGGCGUGCUGCUCUCGUCGUCACUUCCCGGAGCAGAGGCGGUGAGCGAGGCGGCCAAGCAGCGCGCCGCGAAAGCGGGCCUCGCGUUCGUCAAGGCCGUCCUAACGAUGCUCUUCCCGCCGCCCACGCCCGCCGCCAAGUUUUACAGCGCGGACUUCUCAGAUCUGAACGUGGCAGGGACGUUCAGCAUCGCUGUCCCCUCCAAGUCCGCGACCAAGCCGUCGCAGUUCCGCCUGACCGCUGCAGGCUCGCCCUAUCCGCCGCAAGAAGUGACUCUGAACGCGAGAACUCCCGUCGUGCUGGGCUCGCUCGGAAAGAACUUGCAGUGCUCGCAAGUCGCGCCGAGCGUGUGGGACUGCUUCGGCCAGACCAAACUGACCCAGGCCGACAUCAACAACAUCGGGUUCACGGCUGGCGUGGGGGUUCGCGUCAAUUCGUAUGCGUUGAGUCUCACGUACAUGGAUGCACACAACAUGGGGCUUGUCGUCGUCUCCAACGCGAACCUCGCGGUAGCCAAGGCAAACUCGAAAAUGGAGCAAGUCUUUGAUCUCAACCCCACUGCCUCAUUUCUCUCUCCUCCCUUCUGCCUUCUUCCUCGCAGCAACCGCAAGUGCAAGCUAGACGUGAGCAUCGUGGUAGUCUCCCCAGAUGCCCCCAAGUCAGCAACUCUCUCCGUCUCUGACCCUGCUUCUGCUGAAACCACCGACCUUAACCUUUCUUGCACAUGGUCCCAGCCCCGCCCCGGCGUGUGGCUCUGCGAGUGGCUUGAUAACUUUCCGAGUGUGUCGGGUGCUGCUGGCACUGCAAACGCUGCAUAUGCGGCUGCUGCCAGCAUGCGUGCUGCGGCCCUGCCAGGCUCGGCAGUGGAUUCGGUGAUUAAGCUGACUGUGGAGUCGGAAGCGGGGGACACUGCUGAAGGCACGCUGCGUUAUGCUCUCUGA